GCGGAGCUGGCGGCGCUCCGAGAGGAUACGGCGGCGGCGCUGGCGUCCAAAAACCGGCUUGGGCUGGCUUCACUUGGAGCUGUGGAGAAGGUCGCGGCUGUGGAGCGUGAGCGCGACGAAGCUGUGGCCAAGUUAGAGAGCGCGCAGCGGAAGGCGGAGCGCGUGGCUAGGGACGCCCAGCUAGAGCGACAGUCAAUGGAGCAUACUCUCCGGGGCUUGAAGUCUACAGUAGCUGAGCUGGAGACGAACCUGGCAACGGCGCGGGCGGAGGUGGCCAAUGGCAAGCGCCAGCUGGAAGCGGCGAGUCGGGAGCUCGCUGCCGCGCGUGCCGCUCGGCAACAAACGGAGACAGAGCUGCGGCAGCAGAUGGCAGCGUUGCGUGCCGAGCGAGAGGCCGACAUGCGCGCCUUCACAAGCAAACUGGAAGCCCAGGCGACCGCCGCCAACUCGGCGGCUGCGGAGGCGGAGCGGUUGUUAUCCAACAAGCAGGAGGUGCUCGCCCGGUGGCGUGAGGAGGCGCAGACGCUCGCCUCCCGCAUGGAGGCCGCGCUAGCGGAGCAUAAGCGCGAGGUGGCUGCCAAGGGCCACGAGGCCGCGGAGCUUCGCAGCCGCGUGGAAGCGCUGUCCGCUGAGAAUGUGGAGCUGGCGGCGGCUGUCAGUGAGCUGGAGGGCAAGAUUGACGACCUGAACAGCCAGCUAGCGGACGCAGACGCUCGUGCCGACGCGGCGGCGGCUCAACUCAUGAGCGCUACCAACCGGGAGGCGGAGCUACAGCAGGAGCUUCGCCAGAUGCAGAUGAUGCUGGACCGGAGCCAAUUCGAGAGGAACCGCAUGCAGCGCGCGCAUGACCCGCUCACCGCGAAAUACGACGCGCUAAAGAAGGACAUCCGUCAGACCAUUUCGUCUUCGGAGAAAUCCGCAAAGGAUGUUGAGAAGGAGCAGGAGGCGAUGCUUAUGGCAAAGUAUGGCGGCCUGAAGCCAAAAAAGAAGCUCUUACCAAAGGACCACAAAUUCUUCGAUUCCGCGGACUGGGCUAUGAACAAAGAAGCGCAGAAGAAGGGCGACAAGCCUCCAGUGCCCGAUCAGCAAGAGACGUUGCCUCCAAAACUGGAGCCAAUGCCUAUUCCUUCACGGCGAGUGAGCCAUCUUGAUCCCCUUGACAAAUAAUGCAGCUGUAGCGACUUGUCCAGAAACUGGAGCUCGAGGACGCCUUUUAACCUGAGCGUUUCGUCCCCAAAUAUUUGGGUGGGAAUAGGAGGCGAUGAGCGGGGGGUUUAAGGGUGGGGGGCGUACAUAGAUGCCAAAACCCAUUCGGCCAUGAACGUGGGCAUUGGCGUGCCAUAGAAGACGGAUUGGGUAUGACUCUGCCCAUUGACGCGUGCAACCGUACAACUGUCAGGAGAUAGUAAACAUACAUGUGCCAUCAAGUGCGCAACGGGCAGCGUGCACAAUGUGUGAUGCCAGCCCAGGAUGCUGGACAUUAUGAUGGGUUGUCUUUUGUGCGCGGUGGCUUCGUCGCCUAGGCGCUGGAACGCGUUGGGGUACGUGAAAGCGUCCUGGAUUUGCAGAGUCCAAUUGUUCUGGGGGACUACAUUGAUCGCACGCCGCCUUAAGGCAUGUAUGUUAAGUGUGUGUAAUUAGAUACGAUGUCCACAUGUAUUGACCUCGGCGCAUCGAGGUAGUGACGUGCGAGAAACCUGUCGUGGGGUUUCCACUGAUGAAUUUUUCAUGGCCACUGUCUAAACUGGUAUUGCACACAGUUUGUGACUUCCUUCGCGCAAGAUGGCGCUUUUUGGCACUUGCACUUAUCAUAAGCAGGGAAGAUGUGACUUCGCGAAACUUGUGGCAACACGUGUACAGUGCAGUAGUGGGAGUUUGGUACAUAUCUGCCGGGGUACAAGAGUACACCCAGUCCUGGAUGAGGAGAGUGGUUUUUAGUGCCUGCAUUGACGCAAAUCUCCCUGUCGCUAUGUAACAUGUCAAUCAGGGGCAAGGGAAAAAAAGCGGUUUACUAAUGGUCUUCUACUCAUGUCGUCGUUUGGGCCGUAGGUAUUGCCAGCUAUGUGUGAGCCCAGCGAUGGCAUAUCACACACCAUGUGGGGCACUGUAAAUGGGCUAAAUAGG